AUGCCUUCUAAAACGAAUGGCGGACAUCCGGGGAGCAAUCCUCAGGAUCCAGUACCGGAUUUGCAGAUCGGAAAGGGUCCCACAAGACCUUAUAUUGUUACAGAGCCUCCAAAGUCACUUAGCGAGUCGCGUACUCCCUCGAGUUCUAAAGAGAAACUUGUCAUUGCGGCUCUUGCUUUGAUUGCAGCUAGUGUGAGACUCUAUGGUCUCUCCCGUCCAGAUUCAGUGGUCUUUGAUGAGGUUCACUUUGGUGGAUUUGCGUCAAAAUACAUAAAGGGAAUUUUCUUUAUGGACGUGCAUCCUCCACUAGCCAAGAUGCUUUUCGCCGCAGUGGGUUUUAUUGCCGGCUUCAAAGGGGACUUCGAUUUCGAAGCCAUUGGAGACAAGUAUCCAGAAUCUACGCCAUAUUUCUUUAUGAGACUUUUCCCAAGUAUUUUGGGUAUCGUUACCGUGUUGUUGAUGUACUUAACUCUGCGUUCCUCGGGUGUGAGAAUUCCAAUCGCAUUUGCCGCAUCGCUAUGCUUCGCAGUCGAAAACAGUUUCGUAACGAUCUCGAGAUACAUCCUACUUGACUCUCCUCUACUAUUCUUCAUCGCCUCCGCCGCUUAUGCUUUCAAAAAAUACGAACUUUAUCCACAAGGCUCGUGGUCUUCUCAAAAAGCGCUGUUGGGGGCUGGUAUCGCUCUGGGAAUGGCAGUCUCUUCCAAAUGGGUGGGUCUUUUCACUGUUGCUUGGAUUGGUCUGCUAUGUGUGUGGAGACUCUGGUUUAUGGUCGGUGAUCUAUCCAAACCUGUCAGUAAAACCUUUGUCGAAGCUGUUAGAAAAAUCGUGUUCCUGUUGGGAAUUCCACUUGUUUUGUACAUGGCUUUCUUUUACAUUCACUUUGAUACCUUGAAGGUGUAUUCAGAUGGCGCUGGCUUCUUUUCGUCCGCCUUCAGAACGAGCUUGGAAGGGAACAACAUCCCAAAAGAUAUCUUGGCAGAUGUUGGUAUUGGAUCGGUGGUUUCGAUCCGUCACAUUGCCACAAUGGGUGGUUACUUGCACUCUCAUGACCACAUGCUAGAGAAAGGAUCUCAACAACAGCAGAUCACCUUAUACCCUCACCUGGAUGGAAAUAACGAUUGGCUCAUUGAGCUGAGGGAUGCGCCUAACACAGCUGUGACCUCGUUCGAGGGGUUGACCGAUGGAACCGCUAUUAGGUUGAAACAUGUAUCGACACAGCGCAGACUGCAUUCUCAUGACCACAAGGCACCAGUCUCGGAAAGUGCCGAUUGGCAAAAAGAAGUGUCCGGUUAUGGUUUCGAAGGAUUUGAAGGCGAUGCAAACGACGACUGGAUUGUGGAAAUCGACCAAGCAGCCUCUGCUCCGGGCGAAGCGAGAACUCGCGUCAAAGCUUUGGAAACGAAAUUCAGACUCAAACAUCCAUUGAUGAACUGCCAUUUGUUCUCGCAUGAGGUCAAACUUCCAAAGUGGGGUUUCGAGCAGCAAGAGGUCACUUGUGCGAGCCAAGGUAAGGAACAUUUGACAUUGUGGUACAUCGAAGGAAACAGCCAUCCUUACCUACCAGAAGAUGCCGAGCGUGUUUCUUACAAGACGCCUGGGUUUUUUGCAAAACUGAUCGAGUCUCAUCAAAAGAUGUGGCACAUUAACAAGAACUUGGUGGAACCACACAUCUAUGAAUCCAAGCCUCAUUCUUGGCCAUUUUUGCUCCGCGGUAUCAACUACUGGGGUCAUGAUCACAGAACUGUUUACCUACUAGGAAACGCUAUUGUAUGGUGGUUAGUCACCGCAUUCAUCGGUCUUUUCGCUUUGAUUGUCGCUUACGAGUUGAUUUCCUGGCAACUGGGGUACAAGAUUCUCCAGGACCCCAAGGUUAUCAAUUUUCACGUGCAAACCAUUCACUAUCUUCUCGGCUUUGCGUUGCAUUUUGCUCCAUCAUUUUUGAUGGGCCGUCAACUGUUUUUGCACCAUUACUUGGCAGCAUACUAUUUCGGAAUUUUAGCUCUUGCUCAUGCCUUGGAAGUUGGUGUGACUUAUACUCUUCGUAAAAGAGAGAUUUACGGAUAUGCGAUUGUGAGCGCAAUUGUUGGUGCGACGGUUUUCUUCUUCUUUUCUUACCGGCCAUUGAUUUACGGAACUCCAUGGACUAAGGACUUAUGUGAAAAGUCUCAAUGGUUGUCUGGAUGGGACUACCCAUGUGGCAAUUACUUAUCCUCCUACGAGGAUUAUAAGAAAUAUGACAGCGAACAAGCUGAAGAAGCGCUCAAAUUAUCGAACGCCGCAGCCAGUUCUGCUGUUCAAAAUGUCCCUGAACAUCAGUCAAACCCCAACAAUGAAGAGAACUUCGAUGUUGACGCUAUCAUGGCUUCCCCAGGUCUCAAAAAAUUUGUGGAUCAAAAUGGUAAUGAAAUUCCCUCUGACGUGGUAAGGGACGUCUUGGGUAACGGUGGAUCGGUCAUAAGUGUUGAACAUCGUUCCCAUUCAGACAUAUUAUAA